UCCUCCUCCUCCUGCCUCACUCUCGUGCUCAUUCACUCUGGGCUUUGUGUGAGCGUGCACCGGUGUGUGUUAGCGCAUGUCGGAGAGAGCAGACCCAGACGAGCGAGAACGAGGGGAAGACCAAAAGCAUUCUCUGCACACAGACAACCAAGAAUCAUUCUGUCUGCUGUCGAGGAAGACUAGUACCCGGAUAGAAAAAAAGUAACAAAGGAAAUAGACUCGAGAAAGAGAGAGCGAGGAAAAACUGGACUGCCUAAGACGACGAGAGGAAUAUUCGAUCACUCACUCACACGUGUGUGUGUGUGUGUAUAUAUACAGUCACACACACAGCAGACUUGUAUCGGUGAAGCCAGCAUACUCACUCACACUCUCAGACAGUAAAAAAGGGAGGAAGGUGCCUGGAUCUUGCCAAAGAGGUGUGCGCGCGUGUGUGUGUGUGCAGCGAGAGGAGAAUGGAGGAGGUCUCGGUGUCUGUGGCCCCAGCAUGCAACUCUACAACCACCAACACGUUGCUAAACAACCACUGCGCCGAUGACAGUAUCUCAGCGGCGAGUGCGUCUGAUGUGCAGGAUCGUCUCUCGUCUUUGGAGCUGCGGGUCCAGCAGCAAGAGGAUGAGAUCACCGUGAUGAAGGCGGCGCUGGCAGACGUGCUGCGACGCCUGGCGCUCUCCGAGGACACGGCCACCACCGCCAAGAAACAGACUAGCACCAAAGGCCAGACUCCCCUGCGCGAGGCCUACUCUAUGUCCUGCAUCGCCAACGGCAGCUCCAGCAGCCGCAAGCCCAGCCACAGAGACCGAGACAGCUCCACAGUCUCCGUCACCAGGAAGGAUACCUUCUCCUCAGCUGCCAAGAGCGGUCAGACAGCGGAGAGGAAAAAGGACAAGCCUCAGAUGGAGGGCAUCAAGGAGAAGGAGGAGGGGCCCUCCCAGCCCAACCAGGCUAACGAUAAACCCUCCCCUGCCAGCCCCGUACAGCCCUCUCCGUCCCCCUCCAUCUCCAGCCACCCCCCCUCACCUCACCCCCCUCAGUCCCAAAGGCAGGCCCCGGAGAGCAAGGGCACCUCCCCAGCCAAAAGGGGUCACAGUGCGAAGCGGGGCACGGGAAUGGAGCGUUCACAGAGUAGUACCUGGGAGAGUGGCGAGGAGAGCAGGAACAAGCUGGUGAAGGCUGCUUCCACCUCCAAACUGCUGGCCAAGGUGGUGAAGAACGCAGACAAGCAUAAAGACCCAGUGAUCAGCCAAGCCAAAAUGUCAACCCGCGAGAAAAACAGCCAAGCAGAGGGAGACUACAUCAAGAUGUUCAUGCGAGGUCGCCCCAUCACUAUGUUCAUCCCCGCCGACGUGGAGAACUAUGAGGACGUGCGCACAGAGCUGCCUCCGGAGAAACUCAAACUUGAGUGGGUGUAUGGCUACAGGGGGAGAGACUGCAGAGCCAACGUGUACCUUCUCCCUACAGGGGAGAGUGUAUACUUCAUAGCCUCCGUGGUCGUGCUCUUCAACUACGAGGAGAGAACACAGCGCCACUACCUUGGCCACACUGACUGUGUCAAAUGCCUUGCCAUUCACCCCGAUAAGAUCCGCAUUGCCACGGGACAGAUUGCGGGAGUGGACAAGGACGGCCGGCCGCUGCAGCCCCACGUGAGGGUGUGGGACUCGGUGAGCCUGUCCACCCUGCAGGUCAUCGGCCUGGGCACCUUUGAGAGAGGGGUGGGCUCCCUGGCCUUCUCCAAAGCGGACUCCGGUACACACCUGGCGGUGAUUGAUGAUUGUAACGACCACAUGUUGACUGUCUGGGACUGGCAGAAGAAAUCCAAAAUUGCUGAAAUCAAGUCUACAAAUGAGGUGGUGCUUGCGGUGGAGUUUCACCCUACUGAUGCCAACACCAUAGUAACUUGUGGCAAGUCACACAUCUUCUUCUGGACCUGGGCUGGCACCUCGCUGGCACGCAAGCAGGGCAUCUUUGGGAAAUACGAGAAGCCCAAGUUUGUUCAGUGUCUGGCCUUCCUCAACAACGGGGACAUCCUGACUGGAGACUCUGGAGGCGUCAUGUUGAUAUGGAGCCGGAGCACAGUGGAGCCGGCCCCAGGGAAAGGCCCCAAAGGUGCGUACCAGAUCAGUCGUCAGAUCAAGGCCCAUGAUGGCAGUGUUUUCACUCUGUGUCAGAUGAGGAACGGAACCCUGCUGACCGGAGGGGGCAAGGACCACAAGAUCAUCCUGUGGGACCACGACCUCAACCCAGAGAGGGACAUAGAGGUCCCGGAUCAAUAUGGAACCAUUCGUGCUGUGGCUGAGGGCAAGGGCGAGCAGCUUUUGGUGGGCACUUCGCGUAACUUCGUCCUGAGGGGGACGUUUAAUGACGGCUUCCAGGUGGAAGUUCAGGGUCAUACAGACGAGCUGUGGGGGCUGGCCUCUCACCCUUUCAAGGACCUGUUCCUCACCUGUGCCCAGGACAGGCAAGUGUGCCUGUGGAACUCUGUGGACCACUGCUUGGAAUGGACCAGGCUGCUGGAUGAGCAUGGUCACUGUGCAGACUUCCACCCUAGUGGUGCUGUUGUGGCCAUCGGUACUCACUCAGGAAAGUGGUACGCUCUGGAUGCGGAGACCAGAGACCUGGUGGCCAUUCACACAGACGGCAAUGAGCAGCUGUCAGUCAUACGCUUCUCCGUAGAUGGCACCCUGCUGGCAGUGGGAUCACAUGACAACUUCAUUUACCUCUACACUGUGUCGGACAAAGGGCGCAAGUACACCAGAUACGGGAAGUGCAUUGGACAUUCCAGCUACAUCACACAUCUUGACUGGUCCCCCGACAACAAGUUCAUCAUGUCCAACUCAGGAGACUACGAGAUCCUCUACUGGGACAUUCCAAAUGGCUGCAAGUACAUCCGUAACCGCUCUGAGUGUAAGGACAUUGACUGGGCCACCUACACCUGUGUGCUGGGCUACCAUGUCUUCGGAGUGUGGCCUGAGGGUUCCGAUGGCACAGACAUCAACGCCCUGAUCAGAUCCCACAACAGGAAGGUGAUUGCUCUGGCUGAUGACUUCUGCAAAGUGCACCUCUUCCAGUACCCCUGCGCCAGACCCAAGGCACCGAGCCACAAAUAUAGCGCCCACAGCAGUCACGUGACUAAUGUGACCUUCAUGCACAACGACAGUCACUUGGUGUCCACGGGUGGGAAGGAUACCAGUGUCAUGCAGUGGCGUCUGGUGGAGAAGACCCCCUCAUUGGUCCCCAGCGACUCUUCCCUCUCUCUGGGGGGAGGGGCUCCUGCAUAACUCCAACCCCCGCGCCACCAUCUCAGCGGUGCCCCUGACGCCCACCCCCACCGAGCCGGCCGUAACGCCAAUCGCAACUCCAACUCCGCCCUCCGUCCUCGACCUGACCUCUGACCCCCCAGCAGCCAUCGUCACGCCUCCCCCACCACCCACCGAGCCCACGACCAAUGGACGGCAGGAGAGCUCCCCUGGAACCCCUCCCCCUCCGGGCUGACCCCACCCCACUCAGAGUCUACCCCGCCGCCCUCCCACAGCACGCUGAGCCCCAAGGACAGCCUGGACCCCAGCGACGACACGGCCACUCCUAGCGACGAGGGCCGCCCUUUCACCCCACCCUCGUAAAGAGCGUCACUUGUGAUGCAGCCAAGUGCGCUCUCCUGCUCAGCACUCCCCCCUGGAGGCACCUCGAUGUCACUGCGUCUCUCAGGAGGAGCGCAGCAGGGUUCAGUAUUUGCUGUUCAGGUUUCCUUUGUUUUUCUUUUUGGUUUCUUUUCAUGCUCUUCUUUUUGUUUUGUUUUGAAGUCUGUGUUUAAUUGGAUAAGAAUGGAGGGUGUAAGUGAGACAAGCAGUGAUAUUGGUGGCUGAUGUUUUUUUUUUUUUACGCUGCCACUCGGCCUUGUGUGAGGAGAGAAUGUUGUGUUUGUUCGUAGUCAUACGGUUAAGUCAAGUCUGCAGAUGAAAGCUCUGUGAGAGAGGGACACACAAGCACACAGACGUGCAAACGCUAGCACUAAUACACAAAGGCACACAAAAUCACACUCCAACAUCACUCCUUGAUCAGACAAACAGAUGCAGGAUCAUUUACGCAGUUCUAUUAUCAGUGUAAUGUUGCUAUCAUAGAUACUCAUAUAGUACUUGAUACCAAGUAUUACUUAUGUCUUUAUACACAAUGCUACAAGAGCCUAGUGCCUCUUCCCUGAGCCUAGCUAAUGCCAGGCAGGUACCCCUGGCUAAUGCUCACUCCUCAGUCCAGCCCUUUGUCAAUACUCAUCAUAUGAGGCUAUGUUGCCAUAGGAACUUAAACCUAAUCCUAGCUCAAUAA